AUGGCAUCAAGUAUUCAAGUAUCAGAUGAAAUGGUUUCUUAUUGUUUUGAUUCUUUAAUUUCACAUUAUGAAUCAAAGAAAUUAUAUAAACCAUCUUUUACAAAUGACCCUUUCCCAUUAUUUGUUACAUGGAAGAUUGAUAAGCAUGGUAAAGGCGAUCAUGAAUUAAGAGGAUGUAUUGGAACCUUUUCAAAUAUUCCUUUGGUUGAAGGUUUAAAUAAAUUUGCUUUGUCAAGUGCAUUAAAAGAUGAUAGAUUUAAACCAAUACCACAAAGAGAACUUGAAAAGUUAAGUUGUGCUGUAUCACUACUUGUCCAAUUUGAAGAUGCCAAAGAUUGUUGGGAUUGGGAAAUUGGAACACAUGGCAUUUGGAUUGAAUUCAAUACUGACGGUCAAAAGAGAAAUGCAACCUAUCUACCAGAAGUAAUGCCCGAACAAGAAUGGACAAAAGAAGAAGCACUUAGAUCAUUGGUUAAAAAAGCUGGAUACCAUGGAAAAGUGGAUGAAACCUUUUUGAAAACUAUUAAAUUGACAAGAUAUCAAUCUUCUAAAAAGACAUUAUCCUAUACUCAAUAUUUAAAUUAUAAAAAGGAUAAUAAUCAAUAA